AUGGCAUCCGGCUCAUUCCCGACCCUGGAUGCUCUUCAUUUCCCAUCCGCCCAGCAGUCCAUCUCGCAGACCCUCUCAUCUCUGCGGCGAUCUGCCUUGUCAGUCUCCAACCGACUGCAGUCAAUUGAAUCAGACGCCGCCUUUGUAAGGGAGGUAGCAGAUCACUAUGGCCUACCCCUCGUUGCCAAUGAACGCUGUGGCAGUUGGUAUAUUGAUCCUAGCGCCAAGGCAGGCAGCGCUUAUUUCAAAAGCACCGACGGCCAUACCGGCCAGUGGGACUUUAGCUUUCGCAGGCUCAACCUGCAGCUGCUUCCCCUGGCGAGCGAGCAUGGAGGAUGUGUCAUCGUUGAUUCAACGCGCCGAGGUAAAUUAAUGCCGGAUGCAUUAUCCAAAACGGUGCCGAUCUGGUGUGCUGUCAUCAACCGGGCCUUGUUUCCGACCCAAACUGCAUACCACUCCGUCCAGCUUCCACCAAACUAUCUCGGCGAGUCGGAAGAAUCGCAGAUCGCAAACCGCAUCGACGGCUUUGUUUCUUCGCUAAAGGGCCUCAAACUUGAUCUCGAGCAUCUCAGACAACAGCUGGGCAAACCGCUCCGGGUGGCCUGGGCCAAUCGUGCAUACUUCUACCCGACGGACCUGCAGACGGGCAAUGCCUACCACCUCUUGGUACUCUGCUCCGCCUCCAAGCGGGUGCACGGCGCCGAGAUGUCCGAAGGCGGGUAUAUCCAAGGCGCUGGCGACGACAGCGAGGGGUGGGCACACGGCCUCACGCCGCCUGUUUUCUGGGCGAACCAUGCCCUGUUGAAGCGCACCUCUGAGGAAGACCUCUCGGAUCUGAUUGCGGACCUGGUCGCCGAGUAUAACCGCAAUGACACGAGCUGCAAGACUACACUGAUUACACCGACGGCCAAUCUCUACCUCGCGCAGUCCGACGCGGCCCUUGACGUAUCGCGCUACGACCUCGUCAUCGACUGCAGCGGCGCCCCUGCUGCCGUUGAGGAAAGUAAAACAAGGCUCGGCCUCGGCUGUGCAUCGGGUAAGCUAGGCAGUCGCGAUCUACGGAAGGCACUCGAUCAAGUGAAGGACUUUGUCGGCGCACAGCUGGGGUCGCACCCGACGCGAUCGCUUCUGGUGACGUGUGAAACGGGCAAGGAUCUUUCGGCAGGUGCCCUACUUGCUAUUAUCUGCUUGUUCUACAAUGACGAAGGGGCCUUCGAUGCAUCACAGAGCACCCGCUCUAUCAGCAAACAGUUCAUCCGGCAGCGCCUCGCCUGGAUCGUAUCCUCCAAGCACGACGUGAACCCGUCCCGGUCCACGCUUCAGUCUGUCAACGCCUUCUUGAUGCCUGCCUGA